AUGAAAACUGUACGUCAACUGACCACUAACGCGGGAAGUCAGCUUCAGAAGAGGACUCUGCCAAGCCGAAACUCAAACUCAAAUUUCACUUCUUCAAAUGAAAUAGAGGAGCAGAUAUCAACUGUACAGGAUGCAGAAGUAAAUUUGCUCAAGUCUGGAGAGUUGACGUACAAGAUCCCCAUGAAUGUUGAAGAUAUAUCACGUUUUGGAGAUGGCAACAGAGAGCUUUUUAUUAAGUCUAGCUGUUACAGCAUCAUUCCUAUUAUUGUCAAUGAAUCUGGAACCACAAUCAGCUGGGUGUUUUCAUCUGAACCAAAAAGCAUCUCCUUUAGUGUAGUCUAUCAAGAAUCUUUGGAAGCUCCUGUGGAAAAAAGUAAGGUUUUAAUCCCACUAACUCGAUGCAAUGCCCAUAAAGAAACCAUACAAGGCCAGCUAAAAGUGAGAAAUCCUGGUGCUUAUCUUCUUAUUUUUGAUAACUCAUUUUCCAGGUUUGUCUCCAAAAAGGUUUUUUACCACCUGGCGAUUGAGAAGCCUAUAAUCUAUGAUGGAAGCGAUUCUCCAUAAAGUAACACCAGUUUGUAUGCUGAUUAUUAGUUUACACUUUUUAAAGUUCUGAGUGUGUUUAGAGUGAAAGUGAAGUGCAUAAAAUAUUAUCUAUAUUUAGAGUCUAGAUUAAGUGAUAGUUUUUAAGGUUGGUGUUUAUUUAUGCAAAGCAUUUACUGUUAUGAUAUUUAGUAAUCAUUUAAACUUUUUCAAUUGAGAGUAAAAUUGUGCACCUGAGUGCUGUAAAUUUUUAAAGGUGUUUUUAAAAGUAGAUACUAACCCACACUUUAUAUAUUUAUAUAGAUUUUUUUCAACCAAAAAUAAACUGCACUUUUUAAGAAUGUAUAAAUAUGAAAACUACCAAACAUAGACAUACAAUGAAAUAUAUGUAGUAAUUUAUAAUACUUCAAAAUCUGCAUUGGGCUUAAUUAUGCUAUAGCAGACAAGAUUGUAUUUCCAUUUUGAGUUUAUCAAAAAGAGAAUACAUUUUUAGAAUCACCUUUAUUUUAUCCUUGUUCUCCUCCAAAAUUAUUCAACAGUUAUGUUGAACUGUUAGGGUCUUGCAUGAAUACUAUAAAGUCCUCCUCUCAGUUAAAAUUUUCCCAUUAGGUUAAUUUACUGAGGUUGUUAAGCAAGCCCAGACUAAUAAUAUGUGGAUUAUUUUAAGAAAAGUGUUCCUAAAUUUGAUGUUUAGAAAUAUGUUAACUUAAGUUCAAUUGCAUAACAGCUUUUCAUUAAUUUAUAUUAUAUGUUUAAAAAACAGAAUACUUAGAAGACUGCAUUCUUAUACCACUGAAUGUUGGGACACUAUUAAAAUAGACAUUUACUUUUGAAUAGUUAAGGUUAAAUAAAGUAUUUUAGUGCAAAAUCUUCAACAUAUAUGAUUAACUGAAUAAUAAAUUAUUUAUCACUCAUUUACACAUGUGCUAGAGACUAAACAAAACUGACUGCAGCAUUUUUGUCUGAAGCAACAUACAGAAAUCUUUAACUUUAUUUUUGUCCAGAGCUGAAAAUCAGACUGUUCUCUUUUUCUUCUUCCAUUUCUGGUGUAACACUAAAAACCACAUUGUCUUGGCAUUGCAUUUCCCAUUCAUCUGUUUAACUCAGUUUUGGUGCUCAGAGAGUAUCCCAGCAGCACUGGGUUCAGAACAGGGGCUAAUCACCAUGAACAUUCAUGUAUUCAGCAACACUCACUCACUAGAGAACAGGAAAACAAUUGACUUAAUAUGCUGCAGAAAAACUGAAUAAAGUUAAAAUAUACAUGCAGACACAGGGAGAAUGUGCACACUCCGGACAUACACUGACUGGGUCAGGAUUUGAAUUCAGUACCCUGUGGAUGUAAAGCAACACUGCUACCUCAGCAGCAGCCCACUGCACAAUGUUCCAUUUUCAUUUUAUUAAAAAAGUAUCCUCUAUAUAAGCCAAUCAAUAAGUUCCUUUUGUAAACACAACUUUUAUCAGUUUUAAUUGAUACAAAAAUUUCAUUUUAGGCACUGCUCUGAAUGUUUUUUGUUGAUACUUCAAACAGUCCUUACUAAAUAGGCAGCUUUUACAGUUUAUGAGAAAUAAACCUUUAUUGUGAAGUUAAAAAAUAGUUUUAUUUUACCACUACUGCUUGAUGAAAAUAUAGGUAACUGGAGUGGAUAUCCAAUAUCAUUUAACAUAGUUAAUUUUUAUCUCAUUGGUGAUCAUCAUAUUUUCCAGCAUCACCUUUUUAAAAACAAUCAAAAAUCAGUGUAAGUACAUUCCUUCAUUCAUUUAAAAA